AGUUGCAGGAAACAUGUAGCAGAGAAAAGGACAUGAAUGAAAGGAGUAUGGCUAACAUGAGCAGGAGUAAAGAGCAUACUGGAGUGUUUUGGUAGUGGACAUGACAGAAGACGUUUGUUCAUCUUCCGAGGACAAUCUGACUGUAGGAGUAAACUAAAUCCAGAAGAUGGCAGCAAUGAAAUAGUAAGGACGCAAGCGGUCGUUAUCAAACCCCAAAGAAGAAGAUAAGGACGCUAAUGACGCCAUGACGUUGAGGAACUUCCUGGACACGCAGGGUCCGUUCCGCAAAUCGUCCGCUGUUCUGGUUUAGAAGGCCAAAUAGCGACUUUUCGCUUCAAAGACGUGAUGGCUGCAACAUUGCGUUUGCUUUACUCCGUGUCAAGGCCAGGCAUUUUUGUGGCCAGACAAAUUCUAGUGAGGUCCUUCAGUGUGUCCACACAAAGGGAAGGAUUCAAGUAUGUGAAUGCCAAAGAGAACCCCACAGACAUGAAGUCCAUCACAGACCGAGCUGCUCAGAAGCUUAUGUGGACAGAGCUCUUGAGAGGUCUGGCCAUGACGCUGAGCUACAUGUUUAGAGAGCCCGCCACCAUCAACUACCCGUUUGAGAAGGGGCCACUGUCACCCCGCUUCAGAGGAGAACACGCACUGCGCAGGUAUCCUUCAGGAGAGGAGCGCUGCAUCGCCUGCAAGCUGUGCGAAGCUAUCUGCCCUGCACAGGCCAUCACCAUCGAAGCAGAGACUCGUGCUGACGGCAGCAGGAGGACGACUCGCUACGACAUCGACAUGACCAAAUGCAUCUACUGCGGCUUCUGUCAGGAGGCGUGUCCUGUGGACGCCAUCGUAGAGGGUCCUAACUUUGAGUUUUCCACUGAAACCCACGAAGAACUGCUCUACAACAAGGAGAAGCUCCUCAACAACGGCGACAAGUGGGAGGCAGAGAUAGCUGCCAACAUACAAGCUGAUUACCUCUACCGAUAGACAACCUACACACACACACACACACACACACACACAGUGUACAGUUAGCACAUACAAGAAUAACCCUCUGACACACGCACACAUAAGCCCAUACUGUACUGGUGUAAGACAGACUUAGCUGUGCUUCAGGGUCGGAUUUGAGUUUGCCAAUGCAUCUUUUAUUUAAAAUCAAACAUCCCCAACACAUUUCCUCUGGUUUCAAUGUCAUCCCCUUCCGAUAUAAUGAAUAUACUUUGAUAUGUUUCAGAUUUUGCCAUGUCACUGUUUGGAUUACAUAUUUAUUGUAGAAUGAUAGCUGUCUUUGUGAUGAGUGUACAGCAGUCCAGCUCCCUCGGCAUGCUCCAGUUAGGGAUCAUCACUGAUUGCAGAUAGCAUAAUUCUGAUGUCACACACCAGUAUACAUGGAUUAUUGUUAAAAUCUUGGAUGUCAGUGCAGAGUUUUAUGGUCUUUGUACUGUUUCCGCCCUGAUUCAAGAAAUAAAAUUCUUGGAGAAACACU